CAGUCGGACUCUGCAGGCAGUGCUUCGGGAUCUCGUAAAAUGGUCGGUGCGGGAUGAAGUAGUUCUGAAGCAUCCUAGUUUUCUGGGUAGCCGCGUCUACGCAAACGGUGUGAGCACGUAACAUUUCCGCUUGUAUAGGUGAAACGUUUCAGCAAAUGGCGAAAACACUACCGCAGUUACAAGUGCAUGAGUUUACCGCGAAUUGAACUGAUUCCUAAGAAUGCAUUGUACUGUGUUAAUGAACCGUGAAUGCACGAAAAUAAAAAUAAAAUUUCAAACUAAAUGAUUGAUUUGGAGAAAUGUGAGGAUGUGAACUACCAGUGCAGAAGAAAUACACGAAAUGCGACAGUGGAAAUGAAUACGGAAACCGCCAGCAACUGCCGAGGCUUCCAACGGGACCCCCGUCCGCGCCGGUCGUCGUCGGGAGGAGACGGCUCCCCAAGGUCAUCGCAUCGGCACCGCUCCGCGUGGCGAGCAGCUACGCUCGUGCUCGGGCGACCAAAGGAGGAUCUCUUCACAGUCAUCGUUCUGGAAAGAAUUGUUGUUCUGUUUCCAGAGAUUGAACCGCCCCCAGGCAAGCUAGGAAGUUUGAGUGGUGUCAAAAUCAAGGUGCAAGUAUUUGAGACUCAAGAUCGUUUCGACGAAGAGAACUGA